AUGGCCGUGCCUACGUUGCUGUUCUCGCUUCAGCUCCUCGUAGGUGCGGUCAAUUUCGAGUCCUCUGUCAAAUCAGAUGGUUCCAUAAGCAGAGCUGCGCAUAUGAAGCGGCAGCAUCACAUCCACCGCCCGCAUGUGAAGUACCACGGGUUGCCAUUGUCCUGGGGGGGUUCGCAUGCUGCUGUGCCGAGCAUCCUGGCCGAGAUCGAUGAUGCAAGUGGCGAUGAACAGGAACGAAGUGACGUGAACAAGAGUGCCCCGGCAACCACCACAUUGCCGCCUGUGCGGCAGGAUGGCAAGUUUCCGGUCGUCAACGAGUGGGCCUGUGCCCUCAUGUGUGCAGGCCACGCCAAAGAUGGUUGCUGUUCGUACAAGGACAAUGCCCAAAGGGUUGGGGAUGAGAACGACGGUGACAACAGCGAAGAGGAUACAGGCCUAUGCGAGUUUCAGGCAGGCUUUGCCAACGUUGACGUGAAGGAGGGAGAUGAUUGGGCGUCUGCGGAAUGCAUUGCAGGGUAUGAGACUGGCAAAUGCGCUGAGUGGAGGAGGGGCAGAUGCAACGGUCCCGCCAAGAAAGAAGCAGCUUCCCUGGGGUUGCCGAUUUGGGAGUUGGUCUGGGAAGACAACUUCGACCACCUGACCUGUGUGCCAGACCGUGCCGGCAUCCUGCGGCCGAAUCCACACUACUGGACACCUGAAGUCGGGUACAAGCGCGGCAAGGAGCUGUCAUGGUACCGUCCCGAAAAUGCAGAAUGCAAGGAUGGCAGGCUAGUCCUCACAGCUAAGAGGGAGCAGACAAAGCCAGAAGCAAAGUGCCAACUCACCAACUACAACCCAAGUGCAUCGGAUCCCGAGCUGAGCGAUGCUUCUUGCAGUGUCUGUGGGCCGCCCCACUUCGAAUACGGAGACCCCUGCGACCUGCUCCAAAACGAUGCUUCAGGCACGCCAGUAUGUGAUUGCUCAGGCUCCGCCGAGUACACAUCUGCCUCCCUCCUGACCCGGGGGAAGUUGGAGAUCUCCUACGGCAUGGUGGAGAUGCGCGCCAAGAUCGACACCAGACAAGGGGCAUGGUCGUCUCUGUGGUCUGUGGGCGACUUCGAUGGGGUGGCCUGGCCCAAGAAUGGUCAGAUUGAUCUCAUGGACGCAUUCCAGGGCAUGGUCAAGGCCAGCGUGAUGCAUGCUGGGGAGUCGGGCCUUCCCAGCGAGGCCAUUCAGCAUGCAGCAGCCAUUAUGACCACCCCAGACUGGGAGGAGGUGUAUCACACCUUCACCAUGGAGUGGGACAAGGAGUUUGUGUCUCUGAGCGUCGACCGCAAGGAGAUCAUGAGGUUGGAUCUCUCCGUGGCUGAUCCCGAGCGCACCACUUGGCCCAACCCUUUCACCAGCGAAGACAAGAAGUUCUUCCUCAUCCUCAACCUUGCAGUUGGUGGCAGCUCGGGCGGUGACCCCUCCGAGUCAGACUUCCCCGUGAAGCUCGAGGUCGACUACAUCAAGUACUUCCAGAAGAAGAGCCGGACAGCUGCAACUUCCCAGUGGCUGGCUGUGGCGUUGACGACGACCACGGAGACAGAAGAGGGUCGGGACCUGAUCCUGGCCGGGGCCGGUCAGCUCUUCUCCAGCCUAGCGGUUGCCAGGCCGGGCCUCGUCACACGGGAAGAGUGGAUGCACUUCUGGCUCAUGCGGGAAAGCCACUACGCGCUGGCCAUCCUUCAGGCAUCCUCUGUGUGCUUGAAAAGUGCGAAUGGAGCACAUGGGCAGUGCCCCUUAAGAAGAGAUUUCCCAAGCGAAGAUGUCUCAGUGUUGUUCGAAGUUCAGCCAGAAGAGCUGCUGCCCCAGCAACAGAUGCUCUCACCGGAAUGGCACGAGCAGGUUUGCAGCCUCGCCGCUGUGCUGGCAUUCCAGAAUCCGGGUCAGGCGGCUACAUUGAACUACUUCGAGUUCGUCAGCGAGCUGGUCGGACGUCAGCGGCAUGACGUGAUGCUUCACCAGAGUACGCUAUUGGAGGUGUGGCUGUACCAGUACAACAUCCCAGCAGAGCUGGCUGCCGAAGUCGAACCGGCGCAGGCCGCCCUGCUCAAGUCUCAAGGUGUCUUUUGGUCUGCAUCUCAGAGCAUUGCCGGAGGCUCCGCUUUCGCUGGGCACGCGUCCAUCGUCGUCUUCGGCCGGGAGUACUGGUAUGGGAGGCAGUGCUUCGAAAGCAAGCUUCAACUUAGCCACUUCGGAGAGCCGGCAAAGAGAACCUACCUCGGAGCAGGGGCCUUGUACUCUUGGGCUUUCUUUGCACAGUUCCACACGAUCCUGCCUUGCGCGGUGGUGUUUGGGCUUCGUGCCAGGGGCAACCUGUGGUGGAGAAUCAACACGUAUGUCCGGUUUUGGCUUGCAGUGCUGCAGAAGGACAACUUGCUUUUUUCUUGCUCAGCUAUUGUCUUCUGCAAGCCUCAGCAUGCCUUCAGUAGCUGUUGCCGCCGGGUGGCUUCGGCCAAGUCUCAGCUGAACCACCACCGACCACCCAACUUUGAUCCAAGUAGCCUUAGUAAAAUGUCAGCCUACCUCCACCGCAGCGACCGCAUGCGCCGAGUGGUGGUGCAAAUUCUGGCUGGGCUGGGAUUGAUCACGCUGCUCCUGGUGGUACCCGGAUCGGCUCUGACCCAUUACAGUUAUCGCGAGCCAUGCUCUGCGGGCGACAGCGACUCCCAAGCCCUUUUCGAUUACAUGUCCUUCUAUGCAUGCUCCGAGCUCUUGCCGAGUCCUGUGAAGGCGGCUCUUCUGCUUCUCUGGCUUUUCCUGCUCAUCAGCCUUCUGGCCAGCACUGCGGACGAUUACUUUGUUCCACAGCUCGAAGCAUUGUCCCACUGCCUCGGCUUACAGGAGGAUGUGGCUGGUGUCACGUUGCUCGCCUUGGGUAAUGGCAUGCCUGAUGUGAUGACGGCCUGCAGCUCCAUCAACAAGGCGAACGACCUGCCGCUGACCAUGGGCGAAUUCCUUGGCGCUGCGAACUUCAUCGCCAUCUGUGUGAUGGCAUGGAUAAUGCUGGCGCAAUCCGGGCCGACAGAAGUGGACGGGUUGCCCUUCCUUCGUGAUUCGAUCAUGUGCAUGCUGGUGACAAUUUUCAUGGUCGCCGUGACCUGGGAUAAUCUCAUCACCUUGACUGAGAGCAUAUCUUUCUUCGUGCUCUAUGUUUUCUACAUUGCGCUUGUCCUCCUUCCUGGGCGCCUGUGCUUCCGCACUGCGCAUGCCCGGGCCAUGAACUCAGAGGUGGAGCUCGUCUUCGAGCCGCAGAUGGGGACGAGCAGCUGGGAGAACGAGGAACCCACGAGCCCGUCGCAGGGCAGCUUUCUGCCGCUCGCCUCGGAAUCCGAAAACGAGGACCCCGAAGUUUUUGAUGCCAAGCUCGCCUUGCCGGGACUGGUCUAUACCAGGCAAUCGACCGUAAGCCUCGUGCUUUGCACCCUGGAGCUACCUUUCACCUUGGCCCGGAGCCUUUGCAUACCUUCGGCCAGCUGGAGUCGGAAAGAGCGGCUGCUGGCAGCGGCCUGCCCUGCCUGUGGAGUGCUGUUCAUGUUCCUCUCCUAUGGGGGCUGGGAGGCCUUUCAGGCCUCAGGUCACUUCCCUACCUGGGCCUUGGCUCUGGUUGCUGGCCUCUUGGCCAGCUUGGCCGUCCUCUGCACUUCGAACCCGGGCCAUGCGCCGGCCUGGCACCUGCUCCUCCUGCUCUGGGCCGUCGCCGCGGCUGUUAGUUGGUUCAACUUGUUGGCCAACGAGUGCGUGGCAGUUCUGGAGGCUUUCGGCCUCAAUCUGGGAAUCUCAUCCUCGGUGCUCGGCAUCACUGUCCUGGCUUGGGGCAACUGCGUGGGCGACCUCGUUGCAGACCUCUCCUUGGCCAAGCAGGGAAGGUCGAAGAUGGCCAUUGCAGGAGUUUACGGCUCCCCCAUCCUGAGCGAUCUUCUGGGGCUUGGCGUGGCCUUGACCUCCCACGUCUCGCAGCACGGAGCUUUGGAGUCGCAGCUCUCGAAGCAGAAUCGCAUUGCAGCGGGCUCCUUGGUCCUGGGCCUGCUUCUUUCCAUCGCUGUGUUCACUCUUUUCCGGUUCCGUUGCCCGCGCGGCUUCGCAUGGGUGCUGCUAGGUCACUAUACGAUCUUUAUGGCUCUCUCCAUCGCCUGCGAGCUGGGCUAUGUGCCUGACAUUUCUUAG